UCUUCCCAACCGAAGCCAAAGCCCAAGCGAGUUGUGUGUCUGGUAAGCGGCAACAAACAGUGGAGAAGCGAAAGCAGGAGCAGAGGAAUGUGGAGAGACAAGCCCCCCGGUUUGAAGAUUCUGUGGGUCUGGACCCUCGGCACCGCCGCUGUUUUAGUUGCCAAUGUGGUCAGGACCAGGAUGAGAGACAUGGACACCCUUAUGAACAACACUGAGCAGCAUCAUCAUCAACAACAACAGGCGGCCGCCGCCGACACGGAGACACUUUUGUUGCCUGAAUCCGAUCAAGUGAUUCGGGAAGAGAAAUCCUCUUAGCUAGUUUUUCAUUAAGAGACUCUACAGAACAACUCAGAUUUGAUGAAAUCCUAGAUAUUUAGCCAAUUGCUCCAUGUCUUUGGGACAAAUGCCUUGAUUGGGGAAGGUUCGUAUGGAAGAGUAUAUUAUGGGGUACUUAAAAGCAGGGAGCAUAUGCAGCAAUCAAGAAGCUAGAUGCCAGCAAACAACCUGAUGAGGUAUCUUGCACAUGUAUAUAGAUGUACCUGUUGAUUAUUAUUAUUGUUACAAUGUGAGUUCAUUAAAACUCAAUUGUCAAUUGAGGAAUUCCUGCUUUAGGUUUCUAUGGUAUCACGGCUGAAACAUGAUAAUUUUGUUCAACUGCUUGGUUAUUGUUUUGAUGGGAAUUCUCGUGUUCUUGCCCACGAGUUUGUAUGUAAUGGAUCUGUUCAUGAUAUUCUACAUGGUA